CUUGUCCAAAGUGUCACUAUUUCUGGGUUAAGAAGACAAUAAUAAAAGACGCGCAAUUUCAGUUAAAGAAGAUAUAGCUGAAGCAAAACAAGAAAUGUCUGAAUUUGGUGAGCUUGUCCAAAAUCAUCAAAUCAAACCCUUUAAAAAUGGCAAGCCUUUCAAUCCAAUCGAACCUUCUUCUUCCAACACCGAUCCAACUCUCUCUUUAUCCGAUUCUCUUCUCCUCAAGAUCCUCCAGAAGCUACCUGAAUCACAACAGAGCAACGACGUCUCACUCGUCUGCAAACGCUGGCUGAGUCUUCAGGGACGUCGUCUACGGACUCUAAAGGUUCUUGAUUUCGAUUUCGUCUUGUCUGGGAGGAUUGUCUCGAGGUUCCCCAAGCUCACGCAUGUCGAUUUGACAAACGCCUGUAUCAUGAAUCCGCCGGUCAAUUCGGGUAUUUUGCUCUGUCACAAGUCGAUUUGUUUGCAUUUAUCUUCAGACUCGUCGAAUUGGGAUUUUCUUGAAGAGAAUCUAUUGCACAGUGACGUAAUUGAUAGAGGGCUUAGCGUAUUAGGCAGAGGGGGUUGUGAUUUGCUUAAACUUGUAGUGAUUAACGCUACUGAAUCAGGAUUACUGAGUUUAGCUGAGGACUGUUCUGAUUUACAAGAAUUAGAGUUGCACAGGUGUAAUGAUAGUCUCUUGCAUGGCAUUGCUGCGUGUAAGAAUCUUAGAGCUUUGAGAUUGGUUGGAAGCGUAGACGGAUUGUAUAGUUCAUCAGUGUCUGAUAUAGGGUUAACAUUCUUAGCGCAAGGGUGUAAGAGGUUGGUGAAGUUAGAGCUUAGUGGUUGCGAGGGUAGCUUUGAUGGGAUUAAAGCAAUUGGGCAAUGUUGUGAACUGCUUGAUGAGUUGACCAUUGUUGACCAUAGAAUGGAUGAUGGUUGGAUAGCUGCGCUUUCCUACUUUGAGAAUUUGAAGACACUUAGAAUUUCGUCGUGUAGAAAGAUAGACCCUAGUCCUGGACCAGAAAAGUUGUUGCUGUCUUGUCCAGCUAUGGAGAGUUUGCAACUCAAGAGGUGUUGUUUGAAUGACAAGGAUGGGAUGAAAGCGUUGUUUAAAGUGUGUGAUGGAGCAACAGAGGUUAAUAUUCAGGAUUGCUGGGGAUUGAGUGAUGAUUCUUUCAGCUUGGCCAAAGCUUUCAGGAGGGCGAGGUUCCUGUCUUUGGAAGGAUGCUCAGUCUUAACAUCAGGCGGCUUAGAGUCAGUAAUUCUGCACUGGGAAGAGCUUGAGAGCAUGAGAGUAGUGUCAUGUAAGAGCAUAAAAGACAGCGAAAUUUCACCCGCGCUCUCGUCUUUGUUCUCGCUUCUCAAAGAACUAACGUGGAGACCAGACACAAGGUCCCAUCUCUCAUCGAGUCUCGAAAGUGCGGGUAUUGGAAAGAGAGGCAGCAAAUUCUUCAAGAAGAGUGUUCUACAUUGAACAUAUGUUAUAUUGUGUAAGUGCUCACAUCCCAUGUGCCUUGAGAACUCUUGAUAUAGAGUCUAUAGACAAACUCUUUAGUUAUCCUCUUCUUCCCUCAAGCAUUACUCUGUUGUAAAAAAUAAUACGUCCCAAACUCUUAUGUAUGGCAAUGUUACUGUUGUUAUGUAUAGUAAUAAAACUCUUGCCGUUCACAAUACUAAA